AUGUGUGCCAAAGCAUUCAUUCUUUUCGUCGCGCAAGCACUCUUGGUUCAGACCAUAACUGCCUACUGUUUGGGCAACGGACUGGCCUACGAAGGUUCCUUGAUUGAUGGUGCUCCCUGCGGCUGCCAAUGGGGAGGCUUAGGCUUGGCUGGUUACGGUGCCGGUUGCGGUUUAGCUGCCAUUCCAACUGCUAGCGGCGGUGGUUUCCCUGUCGCCAGCGCGUCUCCCAUCCCGCCUGUUGGAGUAUCUGUUCUCUCAGAGAACGAGAUCGCAGGAAUCCUGUCUGCCUUUGGUGAACUGCCUUUCCUAGGCACCGUUGGCCUGGAAGGUGUGCUUCCAACUGCCGGUGCUGGUGCCGUCUCUUACGGUUGCGGAAACGGUGCCGUAGGUAUCAUAAGCGAAGACAUUUCCGCAUCCACUUUGGGUUACCCGGUCAACGCUGGGUUGGGUUACGGACCUGGUCUUGCUACCGGAUUCGGUUACGGUCCCGCUUUCGCUGGACGCGCCAUCGGAGGUUGCGGAUGCGGUAUCUACUACUAA